AUGAGUGAUAUACUACACCUCGCAUUUGUAAUCAUUUUAAGCAUAGAAUUUGUCAUAAGAAAUUUUGGAAAUGCAUUCAUGGCACCGGAGAACAUCCUGGAUUGGAUCAAGAGAAGAAAAAUCUCUUCAGUUGAUAUACUCCUCACUGCUCUGGCCAUCUCCAGAAUUAUUUUUCUGUGGUCAAUAAUCACAAAUGUAUUGGUAUACGUGCAACACCCAAAGUUAAUGAAAACUGGAAAAAUAGUAAGAAUAACCAAUAUUUCUUUCACAGUGACCAACUACUUCAGCAUCUGGCUUGCUACCUGCCUUAGCAUCUUUUAUUUCCUCAAGAUAGCCAACUUUUCAAGCUCUCUCUUUCCUCACCUGAAGUGGAGCAUUAACAAAGUGGUUUCCCCUACAUUUCUUGCAUCUCUGCUCAUCUUGUUUAUCAACAUCAUCAUCAUAAACUCACAGAUUGGUGUCUGGAUUGAUCAAUGUAAAGCAAAUUUGACAUACAUUUCUAGCUCAAAUAAUAUUUACAAUUUUCUGAGUGAUUUUCAUUAACCAAUCUUUAUGUUCAUAUUCAUACCUUUCAUUGUGUCUCUGACAACUUUUCUCUUGCUCAUCUUCUCCCUCUGGAAAUAUCUGAAGACCAUGCAACAUAACGCCCAAGGACCCAGAGAUGUCAGCACCAUGGCCCACAUAAAGGUCCUGCAGAAUGUGAUUGCAUUCUUAUUACUCUAUACUAUUUUCUUUAUGUCACUUGUUUCACUAGGUUGCAAUGCUGACUUUCAGCACAAAAAUCUGAAUAUUUUUCUGCGGGUUAUGGGAAUUGCUUUUCCUUCAGGGCACUGGUAUAUCUUGAUUCUGGGAAACAGUAAGUUGAGACAGACUUUCCUUUCUCUGCUAAGGUGGCUGAGGUUGAGGUUCAAAGAUGUUGUACUGUCUGGUCCCUAA